AUGCUCGCUCAGGUCGCAUUCAUCAGCCACAUCUUAUGUGACCUUCCAACAUGGCCCUUGAAGCGACUCCUCCUUCAUAUGCCCCGCUCGAAACCUUCCGUGUUGGCGGCAAAGAGACUCCAAAGAACCGCCCAACUGCGUCAGCGCGUCGAAAACACAUCUCAAGAAGACCUCGGCAUUGAAUAUUUUCCCCCACCGGAGGAGAAGGAGAGGAGAUGGUCGGUCUUCGUCGGAUUUGCCGUCGAAAGGUUCGAGCGCUGGUGCCAAGCCCUUCAACCGGCUCAUUCCGAUCGAGGAAUAGCUGUAAUUAUGCCGCCGUUGGAUGUAAUGAUGGUUUGGCACACCUAUCUUCUGAAUCCUGGAUGGGCAACGGAGGAUGCUCUGCGCGUUUCGGCUCUAAAAGGACUGUGGAAGGCUGGAAAGGCGUUCGCGGCGGCUCUGGGCAUGGGCCUCGGUCAACUCCUGGAUAUUAUUCCCACGAACGAAGACAAUCGAGUACAAGACUGGGUCUCGAUGACAGCAACACCAUUCGACCCCUUCGAAUCCAUGACGAAAUUGCUCGAGAAAACAGUGAUCUGUCCAAAAUGUGAUAGUGUGAACUCUACUCCCUUUCUUUGCGCCGAUGGAACGGGUUUUCUGCAGCUCAAAUUCACCCGCGUCUGCAACAACCCAACGGACGAUUGCUUCUUCAAUAUUACGCACGAUGCGCUCAUCAGGAAACACGGAUUUGGCUACAUCUCUCUGUUUUAUAUAAGCCUGUAG